UAUAAAGCGCGCGGGGAAGGCGGGAGACGGCGCAGUUUGAAUCGCCGUGCGCGGACGAGUGGGCGGCGGGCUCCGCGGCGCGACCGGCCCUUUCUGUGCUCGCGUGUGUGCGGCGGCGGCUCGACAUGGCUGGCGGCAAGGCCGGGAAGGACUCCGGAAAGGCCAAGACAAAGGCGGUUUCCCGCUCGCAGAGGGCCGGCCUGCAGUUCCCGGUGGGCCGCAUCCACCGGCACCUCAAGUCCCGGACCACGAGCCACGGCCGCGUGGGCGCCACGGCCGCCGUGUACAGCGCGGCCAUCCUGGAGUACCUCACCGCCGAGGUGCUGGAGCUGGCGGGGAACGCGUCCAAGGACCUGAAGGUGAAGCGCAUCACGCCGCGCCACCUGCAGCUCGCCAUCCGCGGCGACGAGGAGCUGGACUCGCUCAUCAAGGCCACGAUCGCCGGCGGGGGCGUGAUCCCGCACAUCCACAAGUCCCUGAUCGGCAAGAAGGGCCAGCAGAAGACCGUGUAGAGGACGCCGCGCGCUGCGGCGCCGCCCGGCCCGGCGCUUGGAGCCCCGCGGACUGCCCCGCCGGCCCCGCGCGCACUGUGGCUUCAGGGAAGCCGGCGCGGCCGGGCGCGGCGCGUGGACUGUUUUUAAGAAGCCGCUGGGUUGCCGCCGGCCGGAGGCGCGCGGGUCCGGCCGGGUCUGCACCGCCCUGCGCGGCGGGCGCUCAAUAAAGGUCACG